GACUUUUGUUUUGGUUGUAAAGCAGCAAUGCUCCCCUUUUUUUUGAAGUGUGGAAUUUCACAUUUAAAAAGUAAAAACGCAUAAUGUAGAGUGACGAUCUGAUGGAACAUUGCUGUUGCAAUGAAUGAUACCCCUGAGAAUUUCCCUGAAAGUCAAGUGCCAGAGAACACGUACAAGCACUUGGCAAAACAGUUAGUGUCAGCACUGAUAUCACGUGGAAUCAAAGUUAUUGCUCUUGACUUUGAUAAAACACUGAUCACACUACACACAGGUGGUGCCUGGAGGCAAGGGCAUGCUCGAUUGGCAGAGUUUGUGCGUCCUUGCUUUAGGUGGUUACUGCCAGCUGCAUUAGAUGGAGGACUGCAUGUCUGCAUUGUCACUUACUCGAUGCAGCUCACCCUUAUCUAUGAAGUUUUAAAAGCUGCACUUCCAAAAUGUGAUUACAACAAGAUCAUCAUUAGAGGAAACAGCAAGGAUUGGGCACAAGUUCAGGGUGCUACUUUGCUUGGGAAGCAGCAGCAUAUAGCAUCUGUCAUCACGGAGAUCUCAAACAAACGUCAUGCGAUUGUGCACCCAAAUGAACUUUUAUUGUUGGAUGAUGAUAUUGACAACAUAGAAGUUGCAAAAAGAUUUGGCCACAAAACUUUUGAAGUUGGAAGAGAUGUGUCCUUGGAAACCCUGUUAGAUGUAUUUAAAAGUAAUGUACAAUUGUGAGUUGUAUCAGAUGGGUAUUAGUCAUCUAGUUUCAGUGGCACUCCCCAGUUUUUCGCUUCAGGAUUUACUUGCGAUCUCCCCAUGGAAACCUUGAUUUCUCCAUGCUAAAUACUCCUGUAGAAAUUACAUGUCGUAUUUUGACUAGACCAUCAUGAAGGCAUUUGUGGUGUUGAUAAGCGUAUGGAAUCAAUCAUUAUUUGAAAUGGUUUGGAUUGGGUGUAAUCUCACUUCUAGUAUUGGUGUAAGACAUUAAAUUAUGUGUGUGUGUGCAUGCGUGCGUGCGUGUGUGCGCGUGUGUUGUAGAAACAAAAUGUACCAUGGCCAGAGAUAGUGGAAAACUGAGGUUGGAAAAACUGCACGAAAGAUUCUGAGUUCCAAGCUUUGCAGUAUAACUAGCAUGUUGUUAAUAGUAUAUGCAGAUUCUGGUUAACAAUAGGAAAACAAAUUCCACCAAAGCAUUUGUGAAACUCAAAUUAAUUUUGAAAGUGUAUAUAUUUCAAUACUUAGCAUUCAGGCAUUUUAGAUGUUUGCCUAAAAGUCUAUAUUUAUAAUUUUUAGUUUUGUAAAGUGAUAUUAGUGUGAGAUAUCAUGGAAGUUUAUUGUAGACGUUUUAAGUAUUAUAGUUUAUUUUUCAAAGUGUAACCAGUGUUUUGUAGACAGUCAAGAUUUUCACCAAAGAUUGUGAUGUUAAAAGGUAUAGUACACCCUUUUACAUCGGAACCUCACGAGCUAUAACCUAACAUGCUUGCCCGACCACAAUUUAUGUGUUGGGAGGUAUUAACGCCCAAUUGUUAUUUUAUUUGGGGGCUCUGGCAAUUAUGGCCUCCAUGCUUGGUUAGUGUGGUUUGCCAAAAUGGCCUUUGUUUUCACAUUAGCAGUCAUCUACACACUCAAGUAAGUAGAAAUGAAGACUUGUGAUAUUAUUUAUGUGAUGAACUGACAGGUUGAAGAUUGCCCGAAUAUUCAAGGUUUACAGCACAAUAAGAAACUAUCUCUGCUGCAAUUAGUUUUAAUUAAAUUAUAUAUAAUAAUUAUUUUUGUUAUAUGCUUUAGUUUUAAAUUUCUACAGUUACAAACAAGUUCAAGAUCUAUAGAAUAUAACCUUCUUUGCAAGCUCUUCAUUUGGAUGGUGUGAAAAUUAGCUUCAGUUAUGCAACCUGUCUUAGCUCAAGCAGUGGAGCUAUCCUUAUCAAACACCACACAUUUUUCCAAAAACAGGUUUUCAGUUAUCGUUCACUUAUAUUGAAAAGUCAAAUUUGGGAUAUAGCAUAAAUAAAUUCUUAGGUGUUUACUUGAAAUGAUGUUCAAAGGUGAAAUACUAUAAGCUUUUGAUAAGGUUAUUUUACGGUGGACAUUUGUUGUGAUUGUUUGACCUUAUUUGUGAGAUGUGUGUUAUUGCUUUUACUUGUUAGAAAAAGUUACAAAAAUAGAUUGCAGUUUACUUGUUAUGAAUUCGUAACAAUUUCGACGGCGAUUUUGUCUGGACAGUCACCUCGGAUUAACUAAUUAGUUGAAGGAAUGUUGUUAGUAAUAUACCACUAACUUAACCAUUGUUCAUAUAUUUCACAAUAUUUUCUGAAAGAGCUAUCUGCUUUACAUGUAUUUUUUAACUAGAAGAACCAUAUUUUGGUGUUGUACUCAUAGUUUUUAACUGUUAAAUGUCGAAUGUUUCAGUUAUUUUAAACUUAACAGUUGAAAUUAAAAUGAUUACCGUCCAUAGGAAGACAAGGAA